AUGGGAGUUCUGCAUCUCAUCACCAGUCUGAUGAUCAUCUACGGUAUGGGCGUUCGUGGUUUUCACGGUGUUUACACGCCGUGCCAGAAUGAGUUCGGACAAUACGGAGAGUAUAUCAUCAGCAUAGAGUUCAAAUUCACUGGCGAAGUUAUCCUCAUCCAUCAGAAAAGACCACUUGGCCCUAAGAAAGUUUACACAUGUAAGUAUCACUUCAUACCGAGGAAGAAGGAGAGUUAUCUUCGAGUUGUUUUCGAGGGGCCUGAGUGUGACAAACUUUUGGAAGACUCCAAGGGCUACCUCAACCCAUAUGCCCUACAGCCCUCCAUAACCCUCGAUUUGAAGUACUUGUACAUGGUGCUACCUUCACCAGGUGCUAGGGCUCUGUAUAAGGAUAGAAAAAAUUGGGAGUGCCCCGCUUAA